AUGGCACCUAUCAACGAUACAACGCCUUUCACUGUCGAGGCGGAUCCCGGCACUGACAUCUGGAGAAAGCCCGGUCAUAACGCAUGGAACAUCCCAACCGUUCACACCAGCUCCGGGUCUCUCAGGAACUUCCUGUCUGUUCGCGUCACAUUUUCGGCUCCCUGGGCUCACUCAUACGACCAAUCUGGCGUGCUUCUUGUGCCGCGACUAGCCUCAGACGCGGCAUCUCCCAAUAGUAAAUGGAUCAAGACAGGGAUCGAGCUGUACGAUGGCCAGCCACACCUCAGCACAGUCACCUGCGACCGUUAUGCCGACUGGGGCCUCUACCCGUUGACCUUGAGCGACGAGGAGGACGAGAAAAGCGUCACCAUAGAGGUAUUCCGAGACGGAGGCGCCCAAGGCAAGAACGCUUGGGUACACCACCUCUUACUGGACAAGGACGGAAAUAUCAAGAAGAGAAUCCCGCUGAGGAAGAUUUGUUGGAUAUUUGCGGACGAGAAUGAGGGCGACUGGGUCUUGGAUGUCAGCCCGUUAGCUGCGAGACCGGACAAGGACGCCAAGGAUGGACUAAAAGUCGAGUUUACCGAGUUCAAGGUGCAGUGGAGUCAGUAG